AUGUCUGGAAACCUAUGCUCACUAGAAGCUCUUUCCUCUUCCUUCCAAGUCCAUAGCAAGCCAAGGGAAACAUCCCCUCUAGAAUACAAGGCCACCAAGCCCCAUGCAAACCACCUAAAAUUUCAGAAAUUCAAUUCCCUUGCUCAGUCAGCAAGGGAGCUUUCAAACAAAGCAAUUUUUUUCCACUUUGAGAAGACACUUUUGAAGUCACCUUCCCUGUUUCCUUACUUCAUGCUUGUGGCCUUUGAAGCUGGUGGGCUUUUGAGGGCUCUAAUUUUGAAGGAAAAAAUGAGAGUUGGGACAGCUGUGCUGCCCAAGUUCUUUUUGGAGGAUGUUGGGUGUGAAGGGUUUGAUGUGGUGAUGAGAUGUGGGAAAAAAGUUGGAUUUAGUGACUUGCCUAGAGUCAUGGUGAAGGAUUUUUGA